AUGGAGUCUACCGCGCUAAUGACCGCGAGGUUACCACUUCCAACCUCUGGCUCCCGUUCCAAACCCCUAUCCUCUGCCUCCUUCACCAGGGCGGCUCGCCGUCUCGCCUCCGUCCCCUUCUCCUCCGGCAGCGGCAGCGUCGUCUUGCUGUCGCGCCGGAGCCGCGAUCAUGCCGGCGUUGGUUCCUUGGUCUCCGCCGCCGCGGCUUCUGGGGAUACGGCGGACGCCGGAUCCGAGUCCAUCCUGCUCAGUGUCCAGGGGAUGAUGUGCGACGGGUGCGCUGCGAGCGUGAAGCGGAUCCUGGAGAGCCAACCCGAGGUUACUUCUGCUACCGUUGAUUUUAAGAAAGCUAGGGCAGUCGUGUGGACAACAGAUGAGGCCAAGGGGACACAAGACUGGCAGAAGCAGUAUGGAGAGAAGCUUGCUAAACACCUUGGCACUUGUGGAUUUGAGUCUCGCCUACAAGAGUAA